CAAAAAAAAGACAGCUCGCGCCUCACAUCAUUGAUUAAAAUGCAGGAUGGUACUCUCCCUUACUAGCCAACGGGAUAACUAGGACCGAGAAUGAGUAUUUUGAUUGGAUGACCACAAUGAAUGACCGCAUUGGCCGGCUGAAGACGCUCAAACUGUCUGGCAACUGCCACGACAAAAUGCUCGUCGGGAAAAAUCAAAAGGAGGUGGACAAUUGACGAAGUCGGAGAAAUCUGAUUAUUUCAACACCACAAAAGGGAGGUAAAAAAUAACUAUGGACAGAGAAAAGAGCAAUCCUCCUCCACUGGACCGGGAUGGGAUGGAGGGGAAUACAAACAGGGUGGCAUCCCAGGUGGUGGAGAUCAUCAGUGGGAUGAGUCUGGGAGCCAUCCAGUCUCUGGAGCAGGCUGUGGAGGAGGAGGAGGGAGAUGACUCUGUGUUCUAUGAUGAGGGUGAUGCUCCAUUAGAUGAAGGAAGGUCUUGUCCCUUGGUCUGUGGGUCCACCGAGAAAUCAGCUCAACCACAGAAUGGGAAGGUGAGCCUACUUAAGGCUGAGGCAGCCGGUGUAGUCAUGGAGAAUGGAACAGGGAAAGAUCCCAUCACGGAAGGAGGAGAACAUCGGAGCUCUGCCCUUUCGGGUAAGGGUGAUACUGGGCCACAUCACACCGCCAGUGGCCGAACUAAGCCCCAGACAGUCCAGACAGAAACAUUGGCACAAAUCCCAACUCAAACACUUGCAGAGCCACAAAAACAUACAAGACAGGACACAUUGAUGAACAAAGCUUCUGCUUCACACAAGAUGGAGGUGAAAGAUACACAGGAGCAGACACCUGUUACUACUCCCCCGCCUGUACCUGAGGAACCUCAGCUAUACAGGGCGGCAGAGGCCCCAUGCUCCUCUGGUGACGAGCCCAACAGUGCGAGUCAGGAUGAGGAGGACACAGACAAAGGUUCCCAGGAUUCCCUGGCCUGUCAGGGUACAAGUUCCCAGUCCUCAGAAGUAGAGAAGUCUGGCCGGCCCCGUCAUCAGAAAUCCUCCGACCACAACACCAGCUCCAAAUAUAGCACUGUCUCCUACAGGAAGAUACGCAAAGGUAACACUCGCCAGAAGAUCGAUGAGUUUGAGUCCAGGAUGAAUCUAUAACAUUACAUCAAGUUAAUAUCUUGAAGAUGGUGCAGCUUUACUUCAACUGCAUGGAGCUGGAUGGGGGCAUGCUAAACCAGUCGCUAUGCAAAUUGGAAUAACGAUCACCUGUCGUCGUUGGUUAAGUCUGUCUAAUACACAAUCCUAACAGAUUUUCAUAUUUCAAAUAUUGACAUUUCACUGUAACGUUAAGUCCCUACUGAAGCCAAAAGAAUGAUUGACAUGUAAAGAGUUCUCACAGACUUGGAAUGACUGCUGAGAGGAGCUCAAUAUGCAUAGUGUUAUUUAAUUAGAAAAUUAGCAGGGAACAUUUGAUUAUGUAAGGCAGGUAUUUGAUAAGCAGAUAAAAAAAACAUUUUUUUAAAGAGGCUUGGGGAGCUAAUAAUCUUACUAGCAAAACAUUACAACUUGCAUCCCCCAGGGGCUCCUGGCCUGUAAACAUUUCAAUACACUUUGCUAAGCACUGCAAAUCUGAAUUUCAGGUGAUCAACCCUAUAUGUAAAGUUCUGCUAUUUAAAAUGUAUACACACACACACACACCUCAGGCUAUAAGAACUGAACCAACUAAUAAUGUUAAACCCCUAUAACACUAAUAUUUCCAUGAGUACAGCGUACAUGUUCUCCUGGAAUAUCUGUUUUUGUGGAAAAAGAACUCUUUAAUAUCUAUUCAUUAAAAGGAAAUUAACAUUGAUGUGUGUGAGUCUGGAGAAAGAAAAUCCCAUCGUUCAUCUUUGGUAUCAACAGUUCCCUCUAUUGUUAAAGAAAUGUACAUACAGUAUGCACUAAACCUACAACCAUAGUAAAAAAAAAACAAGCAGCUCUUAUUAUACCAGGCGAGCCAUAAAGUGAAGGGUGAAGUUGCCCUUAGACACUGAUCUUGGGUCAGUUUGAAAUGUUCCCCACUAAUCAUUGAGGUUAGAAUUGGGGAGGGGAAGCUGAUCACAGAUCUGUACCUAGGGAAAACUUUAACCCGGAGCUGACUCAUAAUGCAAUACUAUUUUAUCUCAAAGAAAAUGUCAGAUGUCUUUAGCAAAGCUAUCUGUGAUAUGUAAUGCCAGCACAGACUCAUGCACACUGCAUGCAUUUAAAUUUGUACAUAAAAAUGAUAUUUCAAACAGUAAAAAUGGUACACUGACAGAACAGAUCUAUUUACAUUAAAUCAAAGUGGCAUAAAAUAUCCAGCCAUCUGGCAAUGAAACGGAUAUGGGCAAUUGUGCGGUCAAAUGGAGUGCUAAAAUACAGUUGAAGUCGGAAGUUUACAUACACUUAGGUUGGAAUCAUUAAAACUCGUUUUUCAACCACUCCACAAAUUUCUUGUUCAAACUAUAGUUUUGGCAAGUCGGUUAGCACAUCUACUUUGUACAUGACACAAGUCAUUUUUCUAACCAUUGUUUAGACAGUUUAAUUCACUAUCAACAAUUCCAGUGGGUCAGAAGUUUACAUACAUGAAGUUGACUGUGCCUUUAAACAGCUUGGAAUAUUCCAGAAAAUUAUGUCAUGGCUUUAGAAGCUUCUGAUUGGCUAAUUGACAUCAUUUGAGUAUAUUGGAGGUGUACCUGUGGAUGUAUUUCAAAGCCUACCUUCAAACUCAGUGCCUCUUUUGCUUGACACCAUGGGAAAAUCAAGAUAAAAAUCAGCCAAGACCUCCACAAGUCUGGUUCACCCUUGGGUGCAAUUUCCAAAACGCCUGAAGGUACCACAUUCAUCUGUACAAACAAUUGUACGCAAGUAUAAACAUCAUGGGACCAUGCAGCCGUCAUACCGCUCAGGUAGGAGAUGCGUUCUGUCUCCUAGAGAUGAACGUACUUUGGUGAGAAAAGUGCAAAUCAAUCCCAGAACAGCAGCAAAGGACCUUGUGAAGAUGCUGGAGGAAACAGGUACAAAAGUAUCUACAUCCACAGUAAAAACGAGUCCAAUAUCGACAUAAACUGAAAGGCCGCUCAGCAAGGAAGAAGCCACUGCUCCAAAACCUCCAUAAAAAAAGCCAGACUACGGUUUGCAACUGGUCAUGGGGACAAAGAUCGUACUUUUUGGAGAAAUGUCCUCUGGUCUGAUGAAACAAAAAUAGAACUGUUUGGCCAUAAUGACCAUUGUUAUGUUUGGAGGAAAAAGGGGGAAGCUUGCAAGCCGAAGAACAUCAUCCCAACCGGGAAGCACGGGGGUGACAGCAUCGUGUGGGGGUGCUUUGCUGAGGGAGGGACUGGUGCACUUCACAAAAUAGAGGAAAUCACGAGGAAGGAAAAUUGUGUGGAAAUAUUGAAGCAACAUCAAGACAUCAGUCAGGAAGUUAAAGCUUGGUCACAAAUGGGUCUUCCAAGUGGAUAAUGACCCCAAGCAUACUUCCAAAGUUGGCUUAAGGACAACAAAGUCAAGGUAUUGGAGUGGCCAUCAAAGCCCUGACCUCAAUCCUAUAAAAAAUUUGUGAGCAGAACUGAAAAAGCAUGUGAGCAAUGAGGCCUACAAACCUGACUCACUCAGUUACACCAGCUCUGUCACGAGGAAUGGGCCAAAAUUCACCCAAUUUAUUGUGGGAAGCUUGUGGAACGCUACCCGAAACAUUUGACCCAAGUUAAACAAUUUAAAGGCAAUGCUAGCAAAUACUAAUUGAGUGUAUGUAAACUUCUGACCCACUGGGAAUGUGAUGAAAGAAAUACAAGUUUAAAUAAAUCAUUCUCUACUAUUAUUCUGACAUUUCACAUUCUUAAAAUUAAGUGGUGAUCCUAACUGAACUAAGACAGGGACUAGGAUUAAAUGUCAGGAAUUGUGAAAUACAAUUCCUGAAACUUCCAACUUCAACUGUAUAUAAGACAUCUGCAGGAAACAAAUACUCAUGUAAAUAAUCAAAAGGCACAUUCGUGAUUGAUUUGCCAAGGCAUGAGAAUUCAUUUUUUGCAAAGCUGGUGAACAUGCAUGUAAAACCAACAGUACACUAGUGAAAAGCAUGAGCUGGCGCACACAGAAAAGUUAGUAGAGGUGUUGACUAACGGCAAGUAAACUGUAGGCUAUAAAGCUAAAGAGAGUCACACCCUCUAUAAACAAGCUCACAGUAAUUUGAGUAAACCACAGAGCUUAUAUACACAUACAUACAUACACACAGUGCCUUGUAAAAAAUAUUCACUCCCCUUGGCAUUUUUCCAAUUUUGUUGCAUUACAACCUGUAAUUUAAAUGUGUUUCAUUUAACAGACACACACAAAACAGUCCAAAUUGGUGAAGUGAAAACGGUAAAGUGGUGCGUGCAUAUGUAUUCACCCCCUUUGCUAUGAAGCCCCUAAAUAAGAUCUGGUGCAACCAAUUACCUUCAGAAGUCACUUUUUUUAUUUUAUUUUUUAAGUUCACCUGUGUGCAAUCUAAGUGUCACAUGAUCUCAGUGUAAAUAUACACACACACCUGUUCUGAAAGGCCCCAGAGUCUGCAACACCACUAAGCAAGGGGCACCAUGAAGACCAAGGAGCUCUCCAAACAGGUCAGGGACAAAGUUGGAGAAUUCAGGGUUGGGUUAUAAAAAAAAAUCUGAAACUUUGAACAUCCCACUGAGCACCAUCAAAUCCAUUAUUAAAGAACGGAAAGAAUACGGCACCACAACAAACCUGCCAAGAGAGGGCCGCUCACCAAAACACCAGGCAAUGAGGGCAUUAAUCAGAGGCGCAACAAAGAGAACCCCGAAGGAGCUGCAAAGCACCACAGUGGAGAUUGGAGUAUCUGUCCAUAGGACCACUUUAAGCCGUACAUUCCAGAGCUGGGCUUUAUGGAAGAGUGGCCUGAAAACAGCCAUUGCUUAAAGAAAAAAAUAAGCAAACACGUUUGGUGUUCACCAAAAGGCAUGUGGGAGACUCCCCAAACAUAUGGAAGAAGUUACUCUGGUCAGAUGAGACUAAAAUUGAGCUUUUUGGCCAUCAAGGAAAACACUAAGGCUGGGGAAAACCCAACACCUCAUCACCCCGAGAAGACCAUCCCCAUGGUGGUGGCAGCAUCAUGCUGUGGGGAUGUUUUUCCAUCGGCGGGGACUGGGCAACUGGUCAGAAUGGAUGGCGCUAAAUACAGUCUCAGUUUCAGUCUUCCAGAGAGUUGAGACUGGGAUGGAGGUUCACCUUCCAGCAGGACAAUGACCUACGCAUACUGAUAAACUACUCAAGUGUUGCUUUAAGGGGCGAUAUUUAAAUAUCUUGGAAUGGCCUAAUCAAAGCCCAUACCUCAAUCCCAAUUGAGAAUCUGUGGUAUGACUUAAAGAGUGCUGUACACCAGCGGAACCCAUCCAACUUGAAGGAGCUGGAGCAGUUUUGCCUUGAAGAAUGGGCAAAAAUCCCAGUUGCUAGACGUGCCAAGCUUAUAGAGACAUUCCCCAAGAGACUUUCAGCUGUAAUUGCUGCGAAAGGUGGCUCUACAAAGUAUUGACUUUGGGAGGGUGAAUAGUUAUGCAUGCCCAAGUUGUUUUUUUGUCUUAUUUCUUGAAAAAUAUUUUGCAUCUUCAAAGUGGUAGGCAUGUUGUGUAAAUCAAAUGAUACAACCAACCAAUAUAUUUUAAUUCCAGGUUGUAAGGCAACAAAAUAGGAAAAAUUCCAAGGGGUGGGGGGGUUGGUGGUGAAUACUUCUUUAAGCCACUGUAUACAAGUAUGCAACUAUUAUUUAUUUGUGUAGCCUACACCAGUAAACUAUGCCAUCAAAUACAAAACUGUAAUUACACUGUGUAACAGCUGUCCUUUCAAAUCAUUCCGGGGCCU